AGGGAUAAGGGGUUAGGACGGUGGUCUCAGGGGCCAACUCUAGGUCAAGGGGGAAACUGGACUGUGAGAACAGGGCUCUCCCCGACCCGUUUGCCCAGAACAUAUGUGUUGUGAAGUGUUCUGUGCAGUAUGGCUUAGAUUAAAUGUUCUGUUUGGGGUAAAAAAAAAAAAAAAAAAAACUCCUUUGGAAAAGGUUGAAAGUGACAGGAUUAGGCCAAACUGGGCAAAUGGGCAGAGGAGGGAGGCGUCCUGUCCAGACUGGUUAGGCUGCUCGACCCGUCUCCCUCCACUGCCACCCUUUGACAGGUGGUAGGUGAGGGGAGGAGGGGGCAAGAUGGCCAGCCGUAGGGAAGCAGUGUGAUAGAACACACAUCCGGGGAGCCUGCUGGGAUGCUUGUGAGAAAGAGACCCUGGAGACGGGAGGACUAGUUUGCAGCCUGCACAGGGCAGGGAUGGGUGUGUGUGGGAGCCUUUGGAACACUGACUAGCUAAAACGUGGUGAUUGGACCUCACGGGUGGAGGGACCCACAUGUCUGAGCUGCCCUGGAAGUCAGGGCCAGGAGCUGAAGCCACUGAUAGGAAAGGAGACUGGGAGGUUAGUCUGGUUAGGGGAGAAAAAACGUUGUUGAGUGAGGGGAGUGGAGAUCCAGGAAUGCUGGAAUGCAGGUGUGUGCGGAGGUUCAGCAGGUUUGGGAGGAGUCCCUUUAGGGGCGGACUGGGUCAGCAAAGCCAAGCCAGUGGCGUUCGGGGCAGGGUGUGAGUGCUGGGCUCUGCAGCCUGCCCGGUGCUGUUAGAGCCUCCCAGCCAGCUGAGCGGCUUAGUUUCCUGAAGUCUUCUGCCACUCUGGGUGCCUCCCAGCAUUUGGCACAGUGAGUGGGCUCAUUACUCUUGAGUCUUCUCACUUGACGGCCCUGCCUCUGGGCAAAGGGGGGUCAGAUGGAGUUUUUCAGUGGAUUGAGAAACAUUCAGUUGUUAUGUAAAUAUUUAUGUAAAGAUGACAGUUUCCUUCAUAAAGCAAUUUCCUUGUGAGAGAUUGUGCAUUCCCCCAUGUAUGCUUAUAUUUGAGGCCUCUUGUCUAGAUUGGUUUGGAGCUUCUUUCAGAAAACCACACCCUUUGCCUCCGUCUGGGAUCAGCUCUUUCGGAGUCCUCUGGUUCCAGACCUAGCUGGGUGCCUGGCACAGCUGACAGGCAGCGUUUCCUAGCAGGAAGGAUGGAGACGCUGAAGGAUAAGACCCUGCAGGAGCUGGAGGAGUUGCAGAAUGACUCGGAGGCGAUUGACCAGCUGGCCCUGGAGUCCCCUGAGGUCCAGGACCUGCAGCUGGAACGGGAGAUGGCACUGGCCACCAACCGGAGCCUGGCGGAGCAGAACUUGGAGUUCCAGGGCCCCCUGGAGAUCAGCCGCUCAAACCUCUCGGAUAAAUACCAGGAGCUCCGGAAGCUCGUGGAGCGGUGCCAGGAGCAGAAGGCAAAGCUGGAGAAAUUUUCUUCAGCACUGCAGCCAGGGACCUUGUUAGACCUUCUCCAGGUGGAAGGCAUGAAGAUUGAAGAAGAGUCCGAGGCCAUGGCCGAGAAGUUCCUGGAGGGCGAGGUGCCCCUGGAAACGUUCCUGGAGAAUUUUUCCUCCAUGAGGAUGCUGUCCCACCUGCGCCGGGUUCGCGUGGAAAAGCUCCAGGAAGUGGUGAGGAAGCCCAGGGCUUCCCAGGAGCUGGCCGGCGAUGCCCCCCCACCCUGCCCGCCACCCCCGGCGCGCCCAGUGCCCCAGGCAACGCCCCCUGUGGUUGAAGAGCAGCCGCAGCCACCAUCAGCCAUGCCUCCCUACCCUUUGCCCUACAGCCCGUCCCCCAGCCUGCCUGUGGGCCCCACUGCCCAUGGAGCCCUGCCACCAGCCCCUUUCCCGGUGGUGUCCCAGCCCUCCUUCUACAGCGGGCCUCUGGGCCCCACUUACCCGGCAGCCCAGCCUGGACCCAGGGGUGCUGCGGGUUACUCCUGGUCCCCACAGAGGAGCACGCCGCCCCGGCCGGGCUAUCCUGGGACCCCGACUGGCGCCUCUGGGCCUGGGUACCCCUUGGCGGGAGGCAGGGCCCCCAGUCCUGGUUACCCUCAACAGUCUCCAUACCCUGCAACAGGAGGAAAACCUCCCUACCCAAUACAGCCCCAGCUCCCCAGCUUCCCAGGCCAGCCCCAGCCCUCAGUGCCCCCGCGGCCCCCUUACCCCCCUGGGCCCGCCCCUCCCUAUGGGUUUCCACCACCUCCGGGGCCUGUCUGGCCUGGGUAUUAGACGUGCUGCUGGCCCUCGGCCCCUCCCUAGUCCCACCCACGCUCAACCUUUGGCCCAGCCAUCGCCGAGAUGCGAGGGUCAACUGGAAGUGGCGUUGGUGCUCCCUGUGGACUUGCGUUGGCACCCGGAGGCCUUGGAGGGACAAGGCACUGGGCAGUGUGACUGGUCACGGCACUUGCUGGCCUUCUGGCUGGAGGUCCUCCUAGAAGCCCCUACUUUGAGUGCCUGGCUGCAGCGGUGCUAGCCAGGCUGGAGUCCCGCACCUCUCGCCGGUGUCUGUGUGAGUGAGCGUGUGCGCACGGUUAUGAGCAUCUACUUGCGGCUGCGCUCAGGGCCGUCUGAACCCAGUGCAGAGUUAUCUCGAUGAGGAGGCCCCGGGUCUCCAGCCCCUCCGUCUCCCCUGGGGUUUGGCGUAUUUGACGUGGAGCCCCAUGCCAGGGGAUGCAGCUGUUGGUGUCUGUCCAAUCCAGUCAAGGCUAGCCUGCCCACGCACUGUGGCAGGGGUUGGAUUGGAGGGAGAGAACAGAGUUGGGAAAAACAACAGGUUUGAGUCCUAUAAAGCCAUAAUUUAACUCUAGUACCUGAUGUCAGACAAGCUUGACCUGUGUCCUGUUUGAGUGGCGGCAGCGCCAGCGCAGCGAGAAGGCUGGGGGUCGUGAAGAUUGUCCCCAGACCUUGCUUGCACUAUUUGGAGAACCCAGGGGGCUGCCUCGGGCCCUCUGGCCAGAGGGAAGGGAGCAGCUCUAGCCCUGGAGAUUGUGGUCACAUUGGGGCUCGUUUAGGAGUGGAGGGCCAGGUCACCUCCCCGGCCACCCUUCUCUGGGACCCCCCACUUUAGGGUGACUUUGCCCGAGGCCCACGCAUCCAUCCACUCCUUUAGUGCCUUGAAUCUCAUUCACAAGCAGCCCCCUCCCUUUCCCUCCCCUUCCCCUCACUCCUUUGAUGUAAUCCUCCCACCCCCAGUGUCCAUCCUAAGGCAUCAAAAGAGGCCCUAACGGAACUUCCCAAAUGGUGCUUUUUAAAAAACACCAUCACUACAUUAGGGGCAGUUUUUUCGCACCUCCCUGUCUUCAGAAUGUAAAGGGUGGGGAUUAUGGCUCUGUUUAAUAUGCAGCCCCCUGCACUGUGGGGUUUGGGGCAUGUUCAGUAAUAAGAAUGAAGACGAUAGACAAAGGGGUGUGAUGAGUGUUAACUUGGUUGUUCCAGAGGUAAACCAGGUCUCAGGGAAGAGCCUGGAGCUGCUAUUGCUUAGGAAGUUGUACGUGCCUUGAAAUGUCCACUACCUGAGGUCCCAGCGUCUGGUGGGCCCGGGGCUGCUGGGGCCAAGGAGGGACCUUGACCUUCUGGUGCCUGCCCCUCCCCGGCCUACGUGCCAUCUGCGUGACGCUCGGUCAGCGGUGCCGGUUCUUUACCAAAUGUGCUUGCUUCUCCUGAGUUAUUUAUAAAGAGAAAUCACUAAUGGACUCUACUGGUUUGAGUGCUUCUGAGCUGGAUGACCGACCGCCCGUAUGUUUAUGUAAUUAAUUGCCAUAAUAAACUUUGAUGAGUCACA